GACCGCUUCCUUAAAUCCCGUGGCUGGUGUUGCUCUUCGUGUGCUGUUUACACGAACACAACAGAGCGCAAUGGCCGCUGAUAACAAAAUUUCAAGUAAAGAAAACCAACGCAGAGAAACGCAAUACUUGCUCAUAAGAUAUAGCGAUGGCUCUUCCAUUCUGUAUGCCUACUAUUUUUCUCCAGAAUUCUUGUGCACCUUCAUCAAGAUUAAGAUUAAAUGUUCUAGUAAAUCCACGUUUUCUCAAACCUCUCGGUUUCAUUCAAAACAAAAGCAAUGGAAAACAAGCAGGAGCUGGUGUGGUUCGUUGCUUUGCCAGUCCAGGGAAUCGCCCUACUUCUGCAGAAAUCACCUCUGCAGCAAAGAUAAGAAGUGAAGUCCUGUCUCCAUUCCGGUCUGUAAGAAUGUUUUUUUACCUUGCAUUUAUGGCAAGUGGUGGUCUUGGAGGUCUGAUUGCUCUAACUCGUUUGAUUGCUGCAUUGAAGAAUGCUCCAAAUGCAGGAUCAACUCCAGAGAUACUCAUGGGCUUUGGAAUUGACUUAGCUGCAGUUUUUUUGUUUGCAUUUCUAUAUACAAGGGAUCUGAAGGCUCAGAAAGUACAAGUGGCAAAACUUUCAAGAGAAGAAACACUUGCCAAUUUGAAAUUAGAAGUGGAUGGGAAGAGGGUGGUUUCUAUUAGCCAAUUGAGAGGUUUUGCUCGUCUUGUUAUAGUUGCUGGACCUGCUACUUUCAUUGAAGAAGCAUUUAAAUAUAGUGGGCCUUUCACAAAUGAUUUAUUCGAUAGAGGAGUAAGGGUUGUCUAUUAUGCUACUGAUGGCUUGGUACCUAAUUUACAGGCCUCAACUGUAGAUACUAGUUUGAAUGAAGUAAAAGAUGAUGAGCAACUAUCCUUAAUUAAGAAACAAAAGAGUUUAUGGCAGUUGACUCCCCUCUAUACUUCUGAAUGGUCCAAGUGGCUGAAUGAACAAAAAUCAAUGGCAAAAGUUCCAGAAGAGAAGCCUGUAUACAUCUCUCUCCGUAUGGAUGGGCGUGUCCGGGGGAGUGGUGUUGGGUACCCACCAUGGAAUGCAUUUGUGGCCCAACUACCUCCGCUAAAAGGAAUGUGGGGUGGUGUUCUUGAUGGGAUGGAUGGAAGAAUAUAAAGCUCUCGGUCAUCUCAAAGGUAGUUCAAAUGAGUUCAAAGAUACAGUUCCAUUAGAAGAUGCAAAAGGUAAUGGAGGAAUUUACUGUUGAGGAGCAUACAUUGAACGAUUAGUUCCUUUAAUGUUUCAAGCAUGCAAGUUGUAAACAUUCAUUAUUAACAUGUACCUGCACAACCAUCUUAAGUCUUAUUUAUUUGCAGUUGCUGCUUGCAGAGGUAAGCAUUCCAACUAAAUGGAAUCUAUCUCUUCUAAUCAUCAAUAAUGAUGCUUCUGAUACCACCAUAAGUCCAACGUUAGCCAUAUUCUUUUCUUCAUUGUAUAGCAGUCAUUUUCAUGUAUUGGCAACCAGAAGCACGAGAAGAUUUCCUUGGCAACUCUACAGCCAGAAGAUUUAUAUCAAACGGCUUUCUUUGGCUCCCUGGAUACAUAAUUUUAAUACUAAUUGGUUUACAUUAUAUACAUGCAAGAAAUCAUUAGAUGCAAAGGACAAUGAUUAGAUUUCAAGAAGAGUUUGUCUGAUUUCUUAUCAAAUUGACUGAUUUCUUGUCAAAUUGUUGUGGCUGAUAAAUACAUUGUGUAACAUCUUUAUCGGUUUUAUAUCCACUAAUUGUCAUAAACACUAAACCUUUCAGUGAUGUGGCUUUUACCCCUUUAUAGGAUUUGUAAAAGCAUAUUUAUUUAUAAAUUUAUGUAUAUGUGAUCUUUCCUCA